AUGGUACUUCCACUUGGUUCUUCAUUAGUUUCUUUUUUUUCAACCAGAAUUAUAAAGACAGCAAAUCAAUCACAUUUUUUUUAUUCUCAUUUUUUUCCAGGAUACCUUGAAGACAGUUUUGUAAAGUCUGGAGUUUUCAAUGUUUCAGAGCUAGUACGGGUGUCUAGAACACCCAUAACACAAGGCUCUGGAGUCAGUUUUCCAAUUGGAGAGCCACUAAGCCAGCCCUACUAUCAUGACAUGAACUCAGCAGUCAGCUUACAGAGGUCACUGUCCUCUCCACCUAGCAGUAAAAGACCCAAGACAAUUUCUAUAGAUGAAAACAUGGAGCCAAGCCCAACUGGGGAAUUCUAUCCGUCUCCAAAUUCACCAGCAGCGGGAAGUCGGACAUGGCAUGAUAGAGAUCAAAAUAUGUCCUCCCCAACUAUGAAGAAGCCUGAAAAGCCAUUGUUUAGCCCAACAUCACCACAGGAUUCUUCAUCAAGACUGAGCACUUUUCCCCAGCAUCAUCAUCCGGGGAUUCCAGGAGUAGGACAUAGUGUCAUCUCAACUAGGACUUCACCCUCCCCUCUGCCAUUUGCAACGCAAGCUAUACUUCCUCCGGCCCCAAGUUCCUACUUUUCUCAUCCAACAAUCCGAUAUCCUCCACACCUGAAUCCUCAGGAUGCCCUGAAGAACUAUGUUCCUUCUUAUGACCCGUCCAGUCCACAAACAAGCCAGCCAAACAGCAGCGGGCAAGUCGUUGGGAAGGUGCCUGGCCACUUCACUCCAGUGUUGGCCCCAUCACCCCAUCAUGGAGCAGUUAGACCUGUGACACUGACCAUGACUGACACAAAGCCUAUCACUACAUCCACUGAAGGUGAGGUACAUUCACUAGCAAUGGCAUCCUACACAGCCUCUGGCACAUCACAAGCCAACCGAUACGUGGGACUAAGCCCAAGAGAUCCAGCCUUCCUACACCAGCAACAGCUGAGGAUUUGUGACUGGACCAUGAAUCAAAACGGCAGGCAUUUAUACCCCAGUGCCAGUGAGGAUACAUUGGGAAUAACUUGGCAAAGUCCUGGUACCUGGGCUAGCUUGGUUCCUUUCCAAGUAUCCAAUAGGACAUCAAUCCUACCAAGCAAUGUCCAAAAUUAUGGACUAAAUAUAAUUGGAGAACCCUUUCUUCAAGCAGAGACAAGCAACUGA